AUGUUUAAAUGGCCUUGCCUGUUUGCCCUUGAAAAAUCCAAAUCUUGUUGGGUGAGUGACUGUUUGGAGGUUUCGGGUGCCGAUUUGCGUUUUCAUUUCAGUUGGGUGAGAGAGCCGGUUGCACUUAGUGAAGUUCAGGAGUUGGGCGAACUUGUGUCUUCUUUCAGCGGGGUGAAGCUUACAGCUGGAAGGGAUAAAUGGAUUUGGUCUCCGGAGGCUUCGGGGGUCUUUUCGACAAGGUCUUUCAAGGCGUUAGCGUUUGGAGUUAGGGUCGAGGAGGUUCCUUUUUCCGUCAAGGGUUGUGGAUGGGUGCCAGCCAAGUGCAGGAUUUUUAUGUGGAGAACCGCUCUUGAUCGGAUCCCAACUAAGCAAGCGUUAGAAAGAAGGAACAUUCAGGUUGAUUCGUCGUUUUGUGCUCUUUGCGGGGAAGGAGUGGAAACAGUGGAUCACAUAUUUACGGCUUGUGACGUUGCUAUGAGGGUUUGGAAUCGCUUUUGCGGGUGGGUGAACCUCCCUCCGUUCUUUGCGUUCUCGUUCUCGGACGUCCUAAAUUUUCACAAAGGGGUUGAUCGGAACAAAAAAGCAAAGGAGAUAAUUCGUGGUUUGGUUGUAGUAGUGUGUUGGGCGAUAUGGAAAGCUAGGAACGAAAAGAUUUUUGCCAAUGGUAGAGUAGAUUGUGUAGACAUUUUUGGUGAAGUGAGAUCCUACGGGUUUUUUUUUUGGCUUAAAAAUAGAUCGAAGUAUAGGGAGAUAGUGUGGAGAGAAUGGUGUAACAAUCCGUUGUAUAUGUUGUAG